GCGUCACGCUGGUGCGCGUCGUUUGAGGAGCCGCGUCAAGCUCUGUACUGUACCACAACAGCACAUGAUUUCUGUCUAUAGAGUUUAAAAAUGGCAGUGUGCAGCUUCUUUCUUCAAGGUCGCUGUAGAUACGGAGAUAAAUGCUGGAAUGAGCAUCCGAGAGGAGGAAGAGGAGGAGAUAAUCGAGGAAACCAGCAGCAACAACAACCCAGCAGAGGAGGCUAUGGGAACCGCGUGUGGAUAAACCCAUCUCAACGGACUGGGGGCGAGUUCAUCCAGCCCUCCUCAUUCUCCCGUGGCGGUAAUGAUUCAAACAGAGGCGGCGGUAAUGACUGGAGCAGAGGUGGCGGCAAUGACUGGAACCGAGGCAGCGGUAAUGAUUCGAACAGAGGAGGCGGUAAUGACUGGAACAGAAGCGGCGGUAAUGACUGGAACAGAAGUGGCGGUAAUGAUUCGAACCGAGGCGGCGGUAAUGACUGGAACCGAGGCAGCGGUAAUGAUUCGAACAGAGGCGGCGCUAAUGACUGGAACAGAAGUGGCGGUAAUGACUGGAACAGAAGUGGCGGGAAUGAUUGGAACAGAGGCGGCGGGGCGUCCAGAGACAUCAAGAGCUCUAACUUCAGCUUCAGCAACCAGAACAGAUUCUCAGCGCUUGACUCUCAGAGCAACUUUGAUAAAGCUGGACAAAACUCAACGGAUGACAAUGCAAAACAUGUGGAUACAAUCCAGACAGACAUGGAGGUCUGGCAGACUUCUGGUCAGUGGCUGUUUUCAUGUUAUUCGGUCCACAACGGCCAGAUCUCAGGGUUUGUUGACUUGUCUCCAGAGGAGCUGAGACAGGAAUAUUACUCCUGCCGAGCGUCUGGUGAUAUACAGCCUUAUGUGAACUCAGUCCAAUUGCUGGCCAACCAAUGGAGUAGCAGAGUUCAGGAGCUGCGGACCAUGAGCAGCUCCACCCAGAUCAGUGUGAUCUCAGAGCUGAAUAACUCCAGUUCCCAGACGCCAUCGCAGGGGUUCGCUUCGACACCAUCGCAGGGGUUCGCUUCGACACCAUCGGGGUUUGGAACCACAUCAUCAUCAACGCCAACAUCUGGCUUUGGAGCAGGAGGGUUUGGUUCCGGCUCUCAGAGCAGCAGCAACUUCAGCUUUGCCUCGUCCAAAACUGACUUCGGAGCUUCACAUACUACCCAGAAUGCACCUAGGUUUGGAGACGCUGUGUUCAGCACUGCUCAGACGGCACCGGGUUUCGGCAGUCCCGCUCCGUCUGUGACCACCUUUUCUUUUGCACCACAAGCUGCAGAAAAUAAGCCCAGCUCAGCAGCCGGGUUCAGUUUCAAGACGUCUGCGGGAGGAUUGGGCUCCGGGUUCGGGUCCUCGGCGCCGGUCGCGGGCAGUGGCUUCGGUCAGAGCAGCGGUGUGUUCAGUGGAGCUGCAGAUUCUGCUGGGAGUUCAAGAGACAGUCUGUUCACGGCCCAGAGUGACCUGACAGCCGAAGAACUGAAGGAGUUCACAGGCAAACGCUUUACUCUGGGUCAGAUCCCUCUCAAACCUCCUCCUGCUGACCUCCUCAUGGUCUAACACGGACUCUGGGCUCUGUGAACGGCCUCAUCUUUUUUAAUGCUAUAUUAAUAAACAUGUUUAUAGACCAAGACAGUGAGUUUUUGUGUUUUAGUUCAACUACUGAAAUUGCAUUGUGGGUAAAAAUGCUUGGUACCAUGGUACAGUGAUGGUAAAUCAUGGUCAAUCUCAAUGAUAGUGCAUAUGAAGUAAUAUUAACAAAUACAAUUUAUCUAUCCGACAAUGAAAAAGUGCAUUCGAAUAGCAUUUGCUGCGUACAAUCCCUUAUUGCUGUGCCAUAGUACAUCGAUGGUAUCAAAACCAUGGUACUGAAUGAUUCUCUUAUUUAUUUACAAAAGUAUUUACAUCAUACUUUAAAGAAUACUGUGGUUCAUUUGCAAGAAAUCAUGCCAGUACAAUGUCCAAAAACCAUGAUGUUUUGCAAAAAGCAAGUGCUCUGUGUUCAAAAUAAGCCUAAAAUGCAUAAUAAUAAACAAAAAAUGUAAUUAAAAAUAAACUAAAAUGUAUUUACUAUA